UGUACUAGCUAGUACGGUCAGGGAGUCCACCCGGGCUUGAAUAUGGUACAUGAACUCAGAAACGAAUGAUGGGGUGGCAAACUUGUUACACCAUGUAGCAUGCAUGAUGUAGUACUCAGGAUGGAGAUCCGUAAAUCUGAAGCAGAGAGAGGAGAGUCAAGUUGGCGUAGUGCGUGGUCACGGUGGUUCUACUUCUUCUUCCCUCGCCUGAAGCUCUUCAACAAGUACAGCACAUCGCAAUGUCUAGACUACUGAGAUGCCUCCAAGGUGGUGGUACUUUUAGGGAUGCUGUGACUGUCACAAAACCAAUCUUCAAUGAAGCAUACCCCUGGAGAUUUUUCAGUGGAUGCUGUUCUAGGAGUGACAGAAGGGAGUCACAGAAAUCAUCUGCUGUAGUCUGGAAAUCGGGACUUGGAGUAUCAUUGAAGUAUCCUGCAUCUUGCCAAGCAACGUGUUUGCGUCGAUCAAGGACUGGGUUAGAAUUUCAGAACCUUGCAGGAUUUCAGGCCGGGAGCACAGUCUGUUUGCACACCUCUGGGCAUCUGAACGGCAGGGUAUCGAACCUCUUGAGGAGGCAUCAGCAGGGUCUUAGGGAUACCCCAAUCCCUGCACUGACACUUGGCCUGUCAGGGCUGAUACCUUUUGUUGCUCCCACUUUGUAUACUGCAGCGACAUUCUCUGUUGCUCCCAACAUCCUGUGGGCUCAAGUUGCUUACGGGGCAUCCAUUUUAUCCUUUUUAGGUGGUGUCAGAUGGGGUUUUGCCUUGCUGGAAAGGCAGGACGUUGGACCAACAUGGUCGAUGUUGGGAUACAGCAUUAUGCCAUCGCUGAUUGCAUGGUUAGGGUUACUGAUGCCUCUACAAGCUAGCCAGAUAUGCAUCAUGACCGGUCUGUUGAUGGCGUGGGCAGCUGAUAUGAGCAUCAAGGUCUACCCUGCAUGGUUUAGAUCCUUGAGACUUACCCUCUCUCUCGUUGCCCUGCUCUCCCUUGGGGUGUCCUACGGAUUUUGUUUAGUCUAUGAGCCCACAUCGGAGACGCAUGGGUCAAAUGUCAUGAAACUCAUCAAAAUUGUCCAAAUUAUCCUGGAAGACUAAUUUUAACUUUGAAGACUUUGAGUUCCUUCACACUUUGUUUUAGGCAUGGACAAAGGGUGUGACAUGUAUUUGUCAGAGUUGUUUCCAAGUCCACACAAUCGCAAGUCAUCAGCCUCAGAUCCUCCAUCCUGAGGCAAAGUUACAAACUUCUCAAAUGUGAAAACAGUACAUGUAUUUGUAUUGUCACAAUCAUUCUGUGUUAUGUGUGCCAAAACUUCAGGAUGUAUAAUGACCAAGCAGUGGUUUCCUUUCUGGGUGACUUGAUGAGACUUUUGUUAUAAUUUGCUGACAACUUUUUGUCACCUCUUGCAAGUGGCUUUACUUUACUUUUGUUAAACUUCGAUUAUCAGUGAAACAGUAGCCUGGUGAAAGGGAUAAAUGAUGCUACACACCCAGAAUCUUUCAUUCGAGGGAAUUGAAAGAGUUUUGCUUUGAACUCCUUGGCUGUGGAAAAGUUAAAAAGAGGAGAAUAGGGGCCUGGUUUAAGCCUUAAAACCAGUGAAGAUGUACAUGUGCACACCUACGUUGUAGACCCCUUUCCAUUGGUUUUUAAAUAUUUUGUUACAUUUGUGGUACACAGACGUGCAAAGUUCCCUUGCAUCAGCUGAUUUCCUCACUUUUCACUUCACACUCACGCCAUUGAAAGUUGAGAAACACUGUAAAAAAGUCUUCUCAAGAUGGGAAUUUCGUUUUGUCAAAGCACAAGUUUCAUGCCUGAGUACAGUGUUUAUACUGCCUUUGACCACUUUGUACCCCUCUCCGCUAAAUAACACUCCCAUAGUGCACCACUGUUUGCAUGCAGACAAACCAAUACCCAUAUCAUUGGAGCUGCCAUGUUGGAGGGCAGUGCUUUAGUUUUACUUGAUUGCAAUGCUAAGAGGCAUCUGUAGUCUAAUAUCUACACUCAUGAAGUUGUUCAGUUCUUGAAUAGUCUGUUAGUUGCUUUUCUUUUCACAAGUCUGUUGCAAUACUUUAUAUUGUUUCAGAUAAUGUACAGUUUUGCUCAUUGUUUUAGACCGAUCUUAAUAAUAUUGAUUGCAGGCUGAGCCUUUCUUUGGUAUGGGAAGUACCACUUUGUAAGAAAAAUGACUGAGCUUAGUAUCUGCUUAAGACAUGUAUAAUUAAGUAUUAAAUUACACAAUUUGUGUGGACAAAUGUCUUUGAUUUCACUCCUGAAAGAAAAGAAACUAUGUACAUGUAGCUCUUAUGAGAAGUCUGUGAUUGAAUUAUAUGUAUUGAUGUCGGCUGAAAGGGCUUUUCAAUUGCACUAAAUUGUCAGCAGGUUGAAAGAGUGUCGAUUUUUCUGCAUUUUUUCCUUCACAUGGAUUGGCCUCGAAUUGUGAAAGUGAAUACCAACCCUUUUCCCUUGGGCUCUUAAUUUCAAAGGAGUGCGCGUCGCAUGAGGGCGCCCAUUCAAAGCCAGUUCAUCUUCCCCAAAGUUUGUAUUUUGUUAGAAAUAAAUAAUUGUCUCCAUCCGCGGAAAGAAGUGUCGGAACGAUGUCUGAUAUCGAUUCGCCUAAAGAGAUGGAGUGCGCAUGCGCCAACUCUAAACUGUAUAAGUGGUGGGGUGCCGGGCGUGACAUGUGAAUGUACAUUUGUACGUGUACGUAUAUUAUAGUACACAGAGCACGGGUUGUGAAUCUCAACCACACCGCAGACUGCACCUACCGCAUGCUGAAGUCACUUUUAUGCCACCCGGACCCAAAUGUCUAUAUACUUCCACCACUGUAGGUCACAUCACAAAAUGUUCGAGCUUUUUGUGUCGUUUUUGAUGUUUACAUGUUGGAUGGGCGCUGUAUCAUGUGAGUUUGUGAUUCUACCUCCAUGGUUUAUGCAGUACACCUUUUUAUGCCCUUAAUGUGCCACCAUGAUGUACAUGUACAAAAAAAAUUAAUACAUGUACAUUGUAUCUUUAAAGCCAUUCCAAAGUAUGUAGCAUAACUUUGAUUCUUUUCAUUAUAGGAAUAUUCUGUGCUCUGUGUUUGUUUAACUUUUUACGCUACGCUGCAAUUGGAAUAUCGCUAUUUCAUAUUCUGCCUUUUCAGAACAGCACUUGUAAUUUUCUAAUCGAUUUAGCAGUCAUUAACAACAUGCAUUGGAAUUGUCACAUGUAAAGAGGGAAAUCGAUUGUGUCUUCAAACAUUUGAAAUGGAAAGUGUCUUUCCUGAGUGAAGUACAUGUAGUCUUAUGAUGUUUCCUAAACAUAGGAAAAGAUUGCCCACAGAAUUGCAUGAGUAUGACCAAAAACAGUGAACCACUAGAAACCUAGUAACUGUGGAUUGACACGUUUAUUUGCAGGUGCAUAAGAUUAUUAAACACGGAGGUCUCUGAAGGAUUUUAAGAGUCUUGAGAUAUAAAACAACAACUAUUGAAUG